AUGGCGGCCACUGCUGCUGCCUCGGGCUCAAAUUAUCCUUACAUGCACUCUGAUCCAAGUAUACCCCAGACCUCGCCACGCGUCGGCGACGGCAUCAAGAAGGACAACCGCCAGUCACCGAGAAUGAACAACAUGUCGCAAAUGCCGCGUAGGAUGAGUCAGGUUACGAGUCCAGGCAUGCCCAGUGCCCAAGGCAUGAUGAAUCACGGCGGUGGAAGGCCCGGCGUUGCGCCGCCCCAAAUGGCCCCCGGCCAAGCGAUGCAGCAUGCCCAAUCACCCGAAAUGCCCGCCGGCGGUGCCGAAGAAUCGCCGUUGUAUGUCAACGCCAAGCAAUUCCACCGCAUCCUCAAGCGUCGGGUUGCCAGGCAGCGUCUCGAGGAGCAGCUUCGACUAACCUCGAAAGGCCGCAAGCCCUAUCUCCACGAGUCACGCCACAACCACGCCAUGAGAAGACCUCGUGGUCCAGGUGGCCGCUUCCUGACUGCCGAAGAGGUGGCGGCCAUGGAGAGGGAGGCAAAGGGAGAGGAUGGGGGAAAGGUUGAGGGAAGAGACGCGGCGCCUCCAAAGGGCAGCGAUCCUAGUAGCAACAAACGCAAAUCCGAAGCAGAGCCCGGAUCCCCGAACAAGAAGACGAAGUCAGAGGCGCAAAGAAGUUUAGAGGCCGACACGGGUGAAGAUGAUGGCUGA